CUUCAUUAACAGCAGUUAACAAAUACUAGCUAGUCUUCUUUCUGCAUAUUGUGGAAAUAUGAGUAUUGAUUUAAACCAAGCAGAUAUGAAUGUUCAUUAUGACCUUCAGUCCAAAUGGAUGGGUGGUCUUUGUAACUGUGGAGCAGAUGCUACUACAUGUUGCAUAACAUGCUUUCUUCCAUGCAUCACCUUUGGCCAAAUUGCAGAAACUGUGGACGAAGGACGAACUUCAUGCUUUGCCCAGAGCAUAGUGUAUGGGUUGUUGAUGACAGUUCAGUGCCAUUGGCUGUACUCAUGCUUGUAUAGAGACAAAUUGCGCAAGAAAUUUGGUUUGGCUGAGGAGCCUUGUUGUGAUUGUCUUGUUAACUUCUGCUGCGAGCCAUGUGCCCUUUGCCAAGAGCAUGCUGAGCUCAAAUCAAGAGGCUUCAACCCCUCCAAAGGUUGGAUUGGACCGCCAACUUCUACUCCACAUAUGCCUCCUUCCAUGUUCAAAUGAUCCUCCGAUUCCGACCUAUGUACUUGGCAGACUAUCGAUAGUGUGACCUUAUAAAUGUUUUUCUGUAUCUUAACUGAUCAAUAAUUAGAAGAAAAACCGCGUGUAUGGGUGAAUGAUGGUGUAUGCUUUAUUUUCAGUGUGUUCUUAGAGAUGGUUCUCCAACUUGAAGAGCUGAGGAAAAGAUCAUGUGUUUGACUUUC